UCGCCUCUCUAUACGUUUACUCAUUUGUUGCGUGUAACAGAAACCAAAAAAACUGGCUAGCACCAAACUAAAACAACAAUCAAAUCAGUAAAAGGGGACCAAUUUCAAACCUCUGAACUUUUGGGAUUGGCUAGCCAGAAAUGAAAACAAUAUGGGCAAGGGCAAACGUAAAACUUCCUUAAGAUUCUUGAAAUGUCUCUCUGUUUCCCUAAUGGCCUAAUCAGUACGGCAAGAACACGCCUUUCAGUUUUCUUGCAUUGAUCAUUUGCGUAGCUUCGCAUAGCUGUAAGAUAUAAAAAAAAGAAAAUGCCAUAGCUUUAUGGUGUUUUUUCCUGCUGUUUUUUUUCAGGAAUGGUCAGUUCUUCAUCUUCUUCAAUUCAAUCUGAUUUAAUCAUGCUCACUGAUCAAUAUGCUUCAUUCAAUCAUGAUCUAAAAACAACACUCCUUCCCUUGACCCCAACAUCAGUCUUAACUUGCCGGUUUUCACCCUUCCUUCCUUCUCCCAACAUGAUAUUGAAAUAAUCAGGUGAUGCAAAAGGGAUUCUUUGCAUUCAUUGGCAUGGCGGAUGAGAAAAGCAAUUUGUAGAAGGAACUCCAAAAAAUAAGAGAAGCACAUUGUAUUAUUUUGAGGAACUCUUUUAGGAAUCAGCAUACAUAAAAUCUGACAACUUUACAAAUAUUCUCUUCACGGUUUGUCUCUUAGGUUGAUUCUAUGCCUUCAUUAUGCAUACAAACAGAUAAUGACAUAACAAAGAUCCUUCUCAUAUCACCAUUCAAGCUUGUGGAAAUCUCUUUUUAGAAGAGAUUUUUGAGAUCUAAAAUAAUGUUUUCUUCUUCAAAUCAUAUGUUAUCAUAUUUUCAACAUCAAAGGCAAACACAUGAAGGAUUUUCUCUAAAAGCUUCUUCCAUUUCAUCAGCGAGGUGGUUGUAUCACACAGACACAAACAGACCAUUCUAACUUAAAGUACAUAACAGCAGAAAUCUCAAAAGUUUGAUUUUAACACUUUAUCAUGCUUCUAAUUAUGUAAACAAAUUCCACCAGGUAUAAUUGGGUUUCAGCUCUUUAUAGGACCAAAUUCAGAAGUUGCUAACAAAGUUACUAACAAAUCCUCGAAGACCUCUAUACAAAGCAGCAUAUAUACAUUCUGUCAUGGAAAGCCACAAACAAAUGCUUUUGUUAUUUUAAAUCAACCUGCAGCUUAAUUGACAUGUACAACAGGGUAAGAAGAGCACCUUGGGGAAGCGGAACGAACCUAGCAAGAUUUGAAACGAACCACAUGGAUACAACUACUAAAGCAACAAUGCCACUACUAGUUUUCCCACAUACCCAACUUGAAAACGAAAGGCACAAUGUUAGCAUAAUGCCACCAGUUCCUCCUAAUAUCCAGGCGAUUAAGUAACCAAUCUUAUAUCCACCAUCCAGCUUUUGGUCAAGAAAAGCCAUAAUGCUGCUAAAGGUGAGAGAUAAACGUAUUCCAACGGUGUGCAUAAGGAACAACGUAAGUAAGGCCGAUUGAAGCACUUCGGUGAAUGGGCCUCUCUCUUCAUCAUCAUCAGACUCUUCUUGUUCUUCUUCAACAGAAAAGGAAUAUCCUUUCUCGUUUUUUGAUCGAUUGUGCUGCCAGUAAUUUUCCCGCUGCAUUUUUUGCCUCACAUAAGCCCAUCUAUAGAUCCGUAGCUGAUCUUCAUAUUCAGGGCUGUAGUUCCAGUCACUACCUGGAUGAUGCUUCGCACUAUCUGAUUGAUAUCGAAGGGCUCGAUCAUACUGGUUUCUGGUAGCUUCAUUUGAUAGUAUCUGCAAGAGUAUAAUUCAACUACAUAAGUUCAAGUCUAAUGUAGCAGCUUCUAAAUUAAGCCCUUAAAGAGUGGAGCAAAGAAGUAGCUCUCAAGUUCCGUAGGAGCUUGUUUUACACGCCAUUUUCUGAAGAGUGAAUUGAGUUAAGUUUCAAAACAUGAGAGAAUUCCAUAGGCGAUGAAGACACUUUUUGGUCAUUCUGUUCAUGUUCCUGUUCCUGUCCUUUUACCCGCUCAAAUUGAAAAUUGAAUUUUAGACUGAAAAUAGUCAUAGCAGAGAGAAUCAGCUAUUUCUGAUUUAAAAUUCAAACAUGUGGAGCAAGAUUGUCCUAAAAUUCAAACAUGCGUAAAAAGGACAGAUUUCUUAAUAACCAUUGAUUGUGAUAUAGGACCUAUAAUUGUAACUGCAGAACUUUAGAAUAUAAAACAAAUGAUAAGGCCAAGGAGGGGCAUAACUCACUUCAUAAGCAAGACGGAUGCUCUUGAAUGUCUCAUGUGCUCCUGCAUCCUUGCUGACAUCAGGAUGAUACUGCAGCAGCAAUCACAACACAAGGUUAGAAGUAACAAAACCCAGUUAAAUCAACCCAGUUAAAUCGAAGUGAUCGUGCAUGCUGUAUAUAGAAAGAAUUUAGACAUAAAGAAGAUAUAAAAGGAGCAAAUGACAUGUUAGAGAACCUUAAAUGUAAGACCACCAAGAGAUUCUAAAACAUAAAAAUAAUGUUUCUUGAAGAAAGACCAAAAAAUAAAGUAAAAUCUGGACCUCUUGCAUUUGAUACAACCAAGAAAACAUAGAUCUUCAAGUUAUCAUCCAUAUAAUCUUAGAAACAUACUUUAUACAUAGUGAGCUGAAAUCUUUUCAUAAAAUUCACCCAUUUCUUUGCCCACCAAAAUUGUCUGGCACCUGAUAUAAACUAUGAUAACAGUCAUUGCAACAAAGGAGAGUUUUUCCGUCAGUUUAUCAACAAAACUGACAGUACGAAAGAGAAUGUUUACAAAGAUUGAAACUUUAUUCACUAAGUUGCACCUCAUCAAAUUACAUUGAGCAAUGAUAUACAAAUGCAUGGCUUCCCCUUCUCUAACUUUACUUUCCCUUCUCUGAUAAAUGUAUCAGUAACAGCUAGAGACAGUAAAAAAAAUUAUAAAUAUAUGUGUUCCCAAAAAUUGAAAUUUUAAUCAUUAUCAUUUAUCGUACAUCGCCAAAUCAAAAUAUGUCAACCAUCAAACCUAAUUAUCAAUUUUCAUAUUAAUUCAGGAAUUAAGGGGUUCAUGCAACAAAGAUUUAAUUAUAAUGUAUUGAGGGAACAUGCCUACCUUGAGAGCUAGAAGGCGAUAGGCCUUUUUGAUAUCGGUCGGAGAAGCAUCGGAUGCCAGGCCCAGCACCGUAUAGUGGUUCUGCUUCCGCCCACUGACACCGCCACCGCCUCCGGCAGUGGCUGAACAAGAUGGCACACCACGACUGCUACUGUGAUGAAAAUGUGGCCAGCAAGAUGAGUGAGAGUACCGAUGGGCACAGAGAGAGAAGGCGGUGGUGGAGGCAGAGGUUCCUCCUCCGCCGCCGCCGCCGUCGAUGGCAGCUGUGGGCCCCAACCAGAUGUAAGCUUGCAUCAGCUUAGGCAAUAUAGUUGUGUCUUUUUUGAGGACUAAUUUGAGGAGAAGAUGAGUAAGUGUUAAAAACGCUAAAAAACAUAAAAAUGGACCAAGAAAAAACAGAAAGGGGUGGAAAAUGGAAAAUUAUGAAAUAACCCCUAAACUAUAUGGAAUUAGCGCGAGUUGACGAUGAAUGAUGGCCGUAUCUUGCAGGACAAAGACAAACCGAAUGAACGCAAUGAAGUCAGACUCAUCACUUCUUCUCCUCAAGUUAUGGAAAAAGUGGAAGGAAAAGCCUAAAAAAAGCCAACAACACACUCUCCCUAAAUCACGUCCACAUUCACACCAGACAAAAACUCGCUCUUUCCUUUGAAUCUUUCCAACAUCCCCCGACGAAAAAAAACACUUUCUGUUGAUUUUGUCUUAAGACCCCAUCAUUUUUAUCGAAAUCCUUAUUUCAGGAACUCCCUCUUCUUCAUCAGUAGGACGCUAAAAUUCUUCUUCUCUUUCGGGGAUUCUUCUGCCUGCCAUUUCUGUCGAGCUUCCCAGGUUUGUUAGGGGAAAAAAUUGUUGUUGCUUUCGUCCUGAUGACGACAUUGGGUAAUUCAGCAAAUAUCUUCUGGCAUGAGUGUCCAGUUGGGCAGACAGAAAGGCAAAAACUUCUCAACCAAAAGGGAUGUGUCGUAUGGAUAACGGGGCUGAGUGGAUCAGGUAAAAGCACACUUGCAUGCACCCUUGGAAGAGAGUUGCAUUCUAAGGGAAAACUUUCUUAUGUUCUUGACGGGGACAAUCUUCGCCAUGGUUUAAAUAAAAAUCUUGGUUUUAGUCCAGAGGAUCGGGCGGAAAAUAUACGUAGGGUUGGGGAAGUUGCCAAGCUUUUUGCCGAUGCUGGCUUGAUUUGUGUGGCCAGCUUGAUAUCUCCAUACAGAAAAGACCGAGAUUCUUGUCGUGCCUUAUUGCCCAAUGCCAACUUUAUUGAGGUUUUUAUGAACAUGCCUCUUUCUUUGUGCGAAGGACGAGACCCCAAGGGCCUUUACAAACUUGCCAGAGCUGGGAAGAUCAAAGGUUUUACCGGGAUCGAUGAUCCUUAUGAACCUCCUUUAAAUUGUGAGAUUGAGAUAACACAGAAAAGUGGAGUUUGUCCUGCUCCAUGUGAGAUGGCUGGCCAAGUGGUGUCAUAUUUGGAGGAUAGAGGAUUUUUACAUGCCUAAUUAGUGAUGGAUGGAGUACCUUCAUUUAUUUUUCAAGCAAAAAAAGAGAUAAUAGUACUGUGUUCUGGUUUAGUCUUGAUUUUAGUAUAUCCAAUUACAUAGAAUGAUUGUGAGUUCUCAACACUGUUGAGCGCUCGUGCAUGUCCUGAUGCUUUACAGGUCUAGACACAUGACUUUCUUAAAACUUCUUUUUUCCUCUUAAAGCUAUAGAAUGGUAGGACAUAAGGUGUUAUUGUCUCGGAGUAGAUGUGAUUUGUAGGGGUAGGGAAAUUGGUGCCGUGUGCGUUUCAAAAGCAUUUUCAAUAAUGUAGUUUCUUGUAAUGUUUGUUCGGGUUUCAUAAUUGUUGAGGUCAGCUUUUAUCUACCUGAGCAGCUGCAGCAUUCAAUACUUUGUGAAGAAUGCCAAGGAAUGAAGAAGGCAAAGUAAGCGAAAAACCUUCCCCAGGUUGUGAUGUCUUGUGGAAGUCUGGUAGUUACUCUAGGCAGAAUUCUGUGUUUCAGUAUACUGGGAAUUGUUAAUAUCACAAAGCCCUAUCUUUCUUUUGAAGAUGUACCAACUCUGCAAUUUUGAGUGGCAAUUUGUUAUGAUACACUUGAAUUGAAACUUGAAAAGACUCCAAAAACUGCUUGUGUUUCC